AUGGACCCCAUAGAUGCGAAUGAGGAAUCUAUACAAGACCUCGACAACGAAAUUGAUAAUGCUGAAAACGAAACGGCUGCACAGGAGUUUAGCAGUACUAACGAGCUAGCCACUGACAACUUUACUUCUACACCUCUUAAUCCGGGACAUAGUGAUACUAUAACAGCCGAGAACGAGUCAAACCAAUCAACCGAAAAUAUAACUGUUUCUCUUUCUUCUAGCAUAGAGGUCAAUGCCCCUGUAUCCCCUGAACCAGAAGAGCUAGAAGAUAGUGCUCAGGUAGUCGGGGAAUCGCAUCAAACGGAAAUCAACACGUCUGUACUUACUUCUCCUAAUUCGCCCAGUUCGCCGGCCAGCGAUUCUUCGUCCAACACGCUAGUGAACAGUGAUGACUUAUAUCAAUCAUCUGUCGACGCGUCUAUUUUGACCCCUCCAAAUUUUGCGUCGAUUUCUGCUAGAUCGGAUGUCAAUUCACUUGAAUGUUCAGUCAGAUUUUCGAACAUUGCCGCCGUCCAACAUCCCGACGGCACCACGUCCCAACAACCUGCAAAUCUUCCUCCGUUUUCUCCCCCUCAAGUCUCGAUGUCAGAUCCAACUCAACCGGAACCCGAUCCUGAAGCCGAUGCUGCUGCACCACCUCCUGGCGGACCGCCCCCGGCUCCUCCUGUGGUACCGGCUGCAGCUGCAGCACCAGAUCCCAACCAGAAUGUCGCUUUCCCCCCUUUUGUUCCCCCUUUUCCAGCUUCCGCGCAGCCCGCAGCUACCGCGUAUCCCCCGUUUAAUCCUCCUCGUGUCGUAUCAAAUAUCGUCCCUCCGAUCGGACCCAGCGCUAGUCCCGCCAUACCGAAUUUCAGCGGCCUAUCAUUAUCCUGA